AUGUAUAAAUGGACAGAGAAUGUGACGUGUAAGGUGACGUGUGAGGUGACGUGUGAGGUGACGUGUGAGGUGACUUGUGAGGUGACGUGUGAGGUGACGUGUAAGGUGACAUGUAAGGUGACGUGUAAGGUGACGUGUGAGGUGUGUGAGGUGAAGUGUGACGUGGAGGUGACGUGUAAGGUGACGUGUAAGGUGACGUGUGAGGUGACGUGUGAGGUGACGUGUGAGGUGACGUGUGAGGUGACGUGUGAGGUGACGUGUGAGGCGACGUGUAAGGCGACGUGUAAGGUGACGUGUGAGGUGACGUGUAAGGUGACGUGUAAGGUGACGUGUGAGGUGAAGUGUAAGGUGACAUGUAAGGUGACGUGUGAGGUGAAGUGUAAGGUGACGUGUGAGGUGACGUGUGAGGUGACGUGUGAGAUGACGUGUGAGGUGACGUUUAAGGUGACGUGUGAGGUGACGUGUGAGGUGACGUGUGAGGUGACGUGUGAGGUGACGUGUGAGGUGAAGUGUAAGGUGACGUGUAAGGUGACGUGUAAGGUGACGUGUAAGGUGACGUGUAAGGUGACGUGUAAGGUGACGUGA